AUGGGAGGAAACCUCGGUGCCAAACAUGCACAGCUAGCACCACCACUUGUGUCUACCUGGCAGAGAAGACAACUAGGAAGUAAGGCGAACCGGAACACACCAAAGCAGUGGCAAACUGACUUACUAUUCCACGACAGAAAGAAGUAUUGGGACGAGGAAUAUGUCCGCUCUCUAGAGGACCAGAUCGCACUGUUGACCUCGCUCUCCUUGAACUCCAGUGACCAGCCGAGUGUGUCUGUCGACCCGCACCUGAUGCCCUUCCUGGAUCUACCUGCGCCACUGAGUUCCAGCCCUGCUCUCAUGCUGCCGCUGGAUACCGAGUUUGACACUAGCCGGUUUUCGUCUGCCUUGUGCGAGUUCGCUUCCCUAGAUUGGAACGUCAAAUACUCGUCCAAUAAGAGUACUCCCGGCUUCCAAUUCACUGGAUCGGUGGGACGGUUCUCUAUCCCCUUUCGAAAAACACUACCGACGUUUGAAGAAGUGCCCGCCUCUUCUCUAAGCGAAACGGCCACAGGGCGUCCUGAGCCUUUAACAAUUGCCACUGCAUUAGACGCAGAUCUGAAAAGCCAUCUCAAGGAUGUCUUCUUGAAUCACAUCAAUAGUUACUACCGCUUCGUCAACCCGCAAUGGCUCAUGUUCACCGAUGUCUUCCCCGAAAACGACACAGUUUUGCAGUUUAUGUACUCUGCCAUAUUCGCCGUGGCGUCACACAUCUCGAGUCGAACGGGCCCUACAAUAACAGAAUGCCUGCUCGACCAUGCCGAAAAGAUGGCCAUGGAAUGCUGCCGGGAGCAUUUGUGCUUACCUGUCACACAGACGUUGCUGAUCCUGGCUUGGUAUAAGCACACGAUACUUGCCACGGCACACGGAUACAUGUACCAUUACAUGAGCAUUGGGCUGUCGACGCAUCUGGGUGUUCUGGACCAGAGGUUCACGAUGGCCGCAGAGGUGAAUAUUCAAGAUAUGUCGCCAACCAUCACAACACUCUGGGCGCUGUUCGUUACAGACAGGGUCGCCACACCAACACUUGGAUUCAAGUCGAGCAUUCCGUGGGACAUCACCAAGAUCCCCCGCUAUAUUAGUACAGUUACGGUAGAUGAGACCGAUGUCACAGACCUUACCUUCGAAGCCCACUGUCGCCUGCUGGAACUACAGCAACAACAUCUGGACGCCAUAUACGCAUUCGACUUCCAGACGCGGCCACCAGCAGAGCGACUGUCGGCCUUCUGCCACGCGUCGAGCGCAUUGACUCUCUUUCGCUCGCAGAUCGACCCGCGACUUCUCAUCACACGCACAUCGACGCCUCAUACAGCCCAGCUCGUCUUCUGGAUAUACUACCACUGCGCAAUUCUAAACCUACACCGACCUUUCAUCUCGCCUCGGUCCGCGCCGCUUCUCCCCGGUCACGAUCCUGCCUCGUCAUUCACGGCUUGCUCCGCCGCAGCAGACGCGAUCACCAAACUGGCGAGCCAGCUCCCGGUCAACGAACACACGGGGGCUAUCAAGGUCCCGCCGUACAUUGUGUACUGCGUCAUGCGCGCCGCGACGGUUCAAGGGAUCAAUAUGCUGGGUCCUGAUGCCCGCGCAAGAGCGAAGGCCGCCUCACAAUACCGCGCGUGUAGGAUGAGCUUGUGUGGCAUGGCGAAGACUUGGCCGGUGCCUGGACUCGAGAUACUAGAGUUCUUACAGGAGGUGAUGAGGAAAUGGGAUCUACAUGCUAUCAUGGGCGAGCUCAUUUGGGGAAAGUGUGGCAUCUGGGCCAUCUCGAGGACGUUGACCGACGUCAUGAAAGUAAGGGAGAUGGCGCAGUUGCGCUCUACUCUACUUCAAGACUCUGUGCGGGGCUGA